UAACAAAAUAAACUUAUACCAACCAGCAUUUUAGGCAUUUGGACUGUUACUAUUUAAUUCAUUAAUUAUAUAUAUUAUUUUUAUCGUAUUUUGUGUUAAUUCGCGUGAGGUAUCGAUCAUGGCUGAAGGCGAUAAUAUAUCAACGUUUAGCGCGGAUGGCGGUCAGGAUGCAGUUGGUCUGCCCCGCAUUGUCAUGGUCACUGAAGGCUCGGAUACUUCAGCCUCAUCACCGUCAUCAACUUCCUCAUCUGAAGAUAAUUGGGCGGACCUAAUAAAAUCAUCAGAAAUCCCCCCUGAAUACUGGCACAUACAGAAACUGGUGAAAUAUAUGAAAGCAGGCAACCAAACUGCAACUAUGGUGGCUCUGUCUUGUUUGAAAGACCACGAUUUGACGAUCGAGGUCAACCAGAGAGCUAUACAGGAAAUAGGUGGUUUGGAACUUUUGGUGAACUUACUGGAAACCAGAGAUUUAUGCUGCAUCUUAGGAGGGCUGGCUGUUCUCAGAGAUAUUACGCCGAAUAUGGAAAUAAGGAAGAAGGUCACUGAUUUGGGUGCAAUACCACUCCUGGUAGGACUGUUGUCAGAUCCAGCUAGAGAUGUGCAAAUUCUUGCAGCUGAGACCAUUGCCAACUUAGGAAGAAUCCGUAAGAGUAGAAAAUUUUGUAGAAAAUUUGGAGGAUUACCAAAAUUAAUAGACCUGUUGGAUAUUAGAGAAAGCUAUCUUGUGACAGCGAAAGAAGAAUUAAAUCUGGAUGAAUUACAAUUUCUGGAUAUAGCAAGAGCUGGAGCGAAGGCGUUGUGGUCGAUGUCAUCAUCACAAAGAAAUCGAGAGGCGAUGAGGAAGUACGGCAUGAUACCCUUAAUCGCUCGAAUGCUCAAAACCAUUCACUUAGACGUUGCAGUACCUGCAGUUGGACUCCUACAAAUGUGCGCCAAUGAAACCUCCUUCCAAUUAGCUAUACAGACGGAGAAGAUGGUAAAUGAUUUGAUAAAACACUUAGGGAAUGAGGACAAGGACUUGAAGACUUAUUGCAGUCUAGCAAUAUAUAAGUGUGCAAGUGAUGCUAUAACAAGAGAUAUGAUUCGUGAAGCCGGUGGCCUUGAGCUAUUAGUCGAAGCAGCACAAGAUUCCACGAACAGAGCGAAUAAACCACUUAUGGCUGCGGUUACGGGAGCCUUAUGGAAAUGUGCCAAUAGUGACGCAAGUGUCAAGAAAUUGGACCACUUAGGGGCAGUACCCAUACUUGUUAGAUUACUCGACGAUGAGAAUGAUGGAGUGCUCACGAAUGUCGCUGGGGCUUUAGCAGAAUGUGCUAAAUAUCCUCCGAACCGCGAUAAAAUAAGGAACGCAGGUGGAAUACCCAUGUUAAUACACCACUUAAAUAAUACCCACAAGCCGUUAUUAGAAAAUGUGCCAUUAGUUCUGAUGGAGUGCGCCAAAGAAAAUAAUUGUAUGAUGCAAAUCGACGAGUUAGACGGGGUGAGGCUUAUUUGGUCGCUGCUCAAAAACGAUUCAAAAAAGGUUCAAACAAACGCAGCGUUAGCUUUGAGUCCUUGUGUACAAAACGCGUCUGACUCCGGUGAAAUGGUCAGAUCCUUUGUCGGAGCUUUAGAACUGACCGUCGACUUGCUGGACUCUGACGACCAUAACGUUCUAUCGGCGGUGUGUGCCGCAAUAGCAACUAUCGCCCGCGAUCACGAGAACCUGGCCGUAAUCUCUGACCACGGUGUCGUAGCGAAACUGUCGAAACUCGUGAGUACAACAGACGACCAUCUGCGUGCUAACCUUGGUGUGGCGAUCGCGUAUUGUUGCGACUGGGCGCAGAACCGUCAAGAAUUUGGUAAACGUGGAGCAAUCACGCCUCUGGUUAAUUACAUGACUUCAAGAGAUCCGAGCGUUCAUAGAGCGACGGCAUUGGCUCUGUAUCAUCUGUCCUUCUACUCGAUAAACUGUGUGACAAUGCAUGCGGCGGGUGUAGUGCAGUUCCUCCUAGAAACUAUUGGUUCUAAAGAUCCAAUUUUGCAAGAGGCGUCUGCUGGCUGUCUUUGUAACAUUCGGAAACUGGCACUUGCGACUGAGAAAAUUAAGUUGAAGCAAUAGUGACUUAACGUUAAUAAAUGGCUGUAAAAACAUUUACUAACAAAAAAUCCAUUGUUAAAUGUUAAUAUUUUUAAACUGUUCUCACUUAACCUAAUGGCAUUUUGAUGACGAUCCGAACAAUAGUAUUAUGAAAUUACAAGUAAAAAAUCUCCGACUACCUGACAGAGGUCAAGUUUAACGCGAUGUUUGUUAUGUUAUGCCGUUCUGUCGCGGUCUCAUUUGUUUACAUAUUUAAAAUAUAUAUUUUUUGCCAUGAAAUACAAAUACAUGAAAAUGUUACAUAUAAAAAGUCAUGAUUGUGAUUAAAGGCAAUGAAAAUUGCAGUUACAUAGGCUGCAAGCUGGAGUGUUAGAUGUUUGAUUGCGCAAGCGCAUUGCAAGCGCCGUGCCUUGACCUUCUUGCUGCGUUUUGUAAGACAUUCGAUUAAUAAACAUUUGAAAUUAAACAUACUAUA